AUGCUCCAGUGGUCGAUAAAGAAGAGUUUCUUAUCAAUCACUGUAGUAGACUUAGCCCAGCUCCGACUGUGCUAUCAUGGGUUUUCUCUGUGGUUUCCCCAUGGUUUUGUACUCAAAUACUGCGACCACCUCCAUGGCAAGUGGUACUUUUCCGAGGUCCGUGCUAUUUUUUCACGGCGGUACCUUUUGCAGAAUGUCGCCAUUGAAAUUUUCCUUGCAAGUCGAACGUCAAUACUCUUUGCAUUCCCGGAUCAGAUGACAGUGAAGAAGGUGAUCAAAGCUCUACCACGUGUUGGAGUAGGCAUCAAAUAUGGAAUUCCACAGACUAGGAGGGCUUCUAUGAUGUCACCGCGGCAGCUUAUGAGGAAUUCGAAUAUGACGCAAAAAUGGCAACGAAGGGAAAUUUCUAAUUUUGAAUAUUUGAUGUUCCUUAAUACUAUUGCUGGUCGUACAUACAAUGAUUUAAAUCAGUAUCCAGUGUUCCCGUGGGUACUAACUAAUUAUGAGACUAAAGAACUGGAUUUGAGUUUACCCAGCAAUUAUCGAGAUUUAUCAAAGCCAAUUGGAGCACUAAAUCCCAGCCGGCGAGCUUACUUUGAAGAGCGUUUCCAAAGUUGGGAUAACGACAGUAUUCCACCGUUCCAUUACGGUACUCAUUACUCCACGGCUGCCUUCGUCCUUAAUUGGCUUAUUCGCGUGGAAUUAAUACCAGAGUUUUUCUUCUUACCGGAAAUGUUGGUUAAUAGUAAUCGCUAUCGCUUAGGUAGACAAGAAGAUGGAAGUUCUGUUGGUGAUGUUGAAUUACCACCAUGGGCUUCUUCACCUGAAGAAUUUGUCCGUAUUAAUCGCAUGGCAUUAGAGUCAGAAUUCGUAUCGUGUCAACUUCACCAAUGGAUCGAUCUAAUCUUCGGUUACAAACAAAGAGGUCCAGAAGCAGUUAGAGCAACGAAUGUAUUUUAUUAUUUGACUUACGAGGGAAGCGUAGAAUUGGAAUCUAUUGUGGAUCCGGUUAUCAGAGAAGCCAUUGAAAAUCAAAUAAGAAAUUUUGGACAGACACCGUCCCAGUUAUUAAUGGAACCGCAUCCACCGAGAAGUUCUGCAAUGCAUUUAUCCCCAAUGAUGUUUUCAAGCAUACCAGAUGACGUUUGUAUGACCAUUAAAUUUCCGUCAAACUCACCGAUUUGUCAUAUAUCUGCAAACACCUAUCCACAGCUACCACUGCCAUCUGUAGUUACUGUUACAACUGGACAACAGUUUGCAGUCAAUCGUUGGAAUACUAACUACGCUGCAUCAGUACAAUCACCCAGCUAUGCAGACACACCACAAGCACAAGCUAUUAAUCAACCAUUAUCAAUGGAUCCUGUUUUGUCACAAACAGCAAAUAGUUCAAACCCGGCAUUAAAGCGACAUUUGGGAGACAACUUUAGCCAGAAAUUGAAGAUAAGAAGCAACUGUUUCGUAACGACGGUCGACAGCAGAUUUUUAGUAACAUGUGGCUUCUGGGACAACAGUUUUCGUGUCUUUUCUACUGAAACAGCCAAAAUCGUUCAAAUAGUAUUCGGUCAUUAUGGAGUAGUGACAUGUUUAUCUCGGAGCGAGUGUAACAUUACUUCUGAUUGUUACAUUGCAUCGGGUAGUGCCGAUUGUACAGUACUACUAUGGCACUGGAAUGCCCGUACGCAGACUAUCGUAGGCGAGAGUGAAGCACCGGCCCCUCGCGCGACUCUGACGGGUCAUGAGCAGCCUGUUACUGCUGUCGUUAUUUCUGCUGAACUUGGUCUUGUCGUAUCUGGCUCCUACUAUGGACCAGUUCUUGUACACACGACAUUUGGUGAUUUACUCCGAUCACUAGAACCACCAAGUGGUUUCAUUUCACCAGAAAACAUAGCGAUGUCUCGUGAAGGUGUUAUUGUUGUCAAUUACGAACGUGGUCAUAUUGCGGCUUAUACUAUCAAUGGAAAACGAUUGCGUCAUGAGUCGCAUAAUGACAAUUUACAAUGUCUGCUAUUAAGUAGAGAUGGUGAAUAUCUAAUGACUGGUGGAGACAAAGGUAUCGUCGAAGUAUGGAGAACAUUCAAUCUAGCAUUAUUAUACGCAUUCCCAACUUGCGAGGGUAGUGUUCGUUCUCUAGCACUUUCUCAUGAUCAAAAAUUCCUAUUAGCUGGGUUCGCUAAUGGUUCAAUAGUAAUAUUCCACAUUGAUUUCAACCGUUGGCACCACGAGUUUCAACAGCGUUACUGA